CACCAAACUCUGCGACACUUCAGACAAAAGCCGCCACCAUGGGUGCACCGAGUCAAGAGGAGCUGGAGAAGCGGAAGAGAAUCCAAAUCAACGCGGAAACGGUUGGCAAUGCCGCCUCCAACGACCUACCGUACCACUGGCCCGGUGAGAACCACGAGUGGAACUUAGAUUAUUUCGAAAAAACCUUCAACGUCCACUUCCACACCUCCACCCCUUAUGACUCCUCCUUCUCCCUCACCGGCAUCGACACCUCCGUCGCAAACGCCUUCCGCCGGAUCCUCCUCAGCGAAAUCCCCACCCUCGCCAUCGAAGACGUCUUCAUCUACCAAAACACCUCUGUCAUCCAAGACGAAGUCCUCGCCCACCGUCUAGGCCUCAUCCCCCUGAAGGCAUCCCGCCGCGGCCUCAACUGGAUGAAAUGGUACUCCAAGCCCACCGAAGACAGCGAAGGCAGCGGCGCCCCCUCGGAUUACAAUUGCGCGAUCCUGCAUCUCAAGGCCAAGUGUGAGUGGCAAGAGGGAGGGCUGCAGCGCGCAGCGCGGGGGGAAACGGAUCCGGACAAGUUGUACGUGAAUCACAGCAUCUAUGCGCGCGACUUGAAGUGGCAGGCGGUAGGCAAGCAGGUUGAGAUGUUCGCCGAUGGGCCGAUUGAGGCGGUGAAUCCCGAUAUUUUGAUCGUGAAGAUGAGGCCUGGUCAGGAGAUAUCGCUCAUGAUGCAUGCCAUGAAGGGGAUUGGGCAGGAUCAUGCCAAGUACUCCCCCGUGGCGACGGCUUCCUAUCGGUUGCUGCCGACAAUUGAUAUCACGAAGCCGAUUCUCGGCGCGGAUGCGAAGAAGUUUGCGAGAUGUUUUCCCAAAGGGGUCAUUGGGUUGGAGGCUGUGACGGCGGAGGAGGCCAAGAAGGAUCCCGAGUUGAGUGGGAAGGAGGGCGAAAUCAAGGCUGUCGUCAAGGAUCCGAUGCGGGAUACCGUGAGCAGAGAGUGCUUGCGGCAUCCCGAGUUCAAAGACAAAGUCAAGUUGGGGAGAGUGCGGGACCACUUCAUUUUCAGAGUGGAGAGUACUGGUCAGUGGGAGAGCGACGACUUGUUCCUCGAGAGCGUGCGAUUACUGAAGGUCAAAUGUCAGCGAGUGAGGAGGGGGUUGGAUGAGAUGAUGAAGUAGGAGAUGUAUCGUUGAUAUACAGGUUCGCCCUGGACUGGUGGCUCGAAUAUCCGAGGUGGUCGUGCAUUGCCGGCGUUAUUGGGAUUUUGCGGUACAGGGAAACGGUCAAUGAUAUCACUGGAGCAUGGGUGCUAUGUAGCAAUGACCAAAAUCAACCAAUUGAUUUAUAUACUUUG